UCGGCAUGGCUCCAAUCCAAGCACUGAAAACACACCACGACCGGCACCAACAUGUGCUAGACACAUGGCCCCAUCAGAAUCUCAUCCAAAUCGUGCUCGCAGACGCAUCUUGCAACAUCGCACUCACCAUGCUCAUGGCCUUGUCCCUUGCCCAACCAUUUCGCUCCAGCAGUCCUGUGAGCUAUAUAUUCAGAGUCCGGUGGCCUCUGAACAUCAUCACUUGCAGCUUCACAAGCAAAUCAAAACAGAGCAAAGUAGCAAACUGAAGUCUCAGCUCUCCAGCUUCCAUCCAGAAAGAAGAAGAAAAAAGGCCAACAAACAACCAUGAUCAGCGCCAAGAGGAUUGCUCAUCAGGCCAAGAAGUGGCAGAGGAUGGCUGCACAAGGCAGGAAGCGCCUCAUCUGGGCUGCAGCAGCAAAGGAAGCCAACGAGUGCUGCAGCUCCGUGGCAAGCAAGGGCCACUGCACGGUGUACACGGCCGACGGCGCACGGUUCGAGGUGCCGCUGGCGUGCCUUAGCACCGUGUUCUUCCGGGAGCUCCUGCAAAUGUCACAGGAAGAGUUCGGGUUCACGGGCGGCGACGACAGGAUCACGCUCCCCUGCGACGCGGCCGUCAUGGAGUACGCCAUGUGUUUGCUCAGGAGAGGCGCCUCUGCCGAGCUAGAGCAGGCUUUCCUUAGCACCAUGGCGAUGUCGUGCCACUAUGUCAGCCGUGUGGCGCCGUGUGUUGAAGCAAGCCAGCAGAUUGCUGUUUAGUGCUGUUCAGUGUAGUGUAGGUAGUACUAGUAGAGCAAAGAUAUUAACUAGAUAAGUGUUGUUCAGAGCCUUCUAAUCCAGCAACUGAUCAAGUAAGGUGUUAUAAGUACAAGAAAAUAGAGAGACAUGAUUCCUGUUCC